CCAGUACCGCUUCGGACUCUGGUGCCUCCAGUAACCCACGACUGUUAGUUAGUACAGUUCAGAUUGGCGUAUCACAAUGAAGUCUCUGGUGUUGUUAGGUUUGGCCACGCUGCUGGUCUUGAGUUCAGCGGCCGAGCAGAAAGAGCAGUCGGCGGCGGCCGAAGAAGCGAAACCAGCGGCGGAAGCGGCGCAGGGCGACAAGCGCCACGAUAAGCGCGGUCUGUUCGACCACGACUUCGGAGGACACGACUUUGGGGAGCACUCGUACGGUGGCCAUCACCUGGAAUCGUACGGCCACGGGCAUCACCACGUUGAUCUGCAUCCGCACCACGAGAAGACACUGACCGUCGUCAAGAAGGUCCCGGUGCCGUACCCGGUCGAGAAGCACAUCCCGUAUCCGGUGGAGAAGCAUGUGCCCGUCCCGGUGAAGGUCGGCGUGCCGAAACCAUACCCAGUCUACAAGACGGUCCACUAUCCGGUCAAGGAAAUCGUCAAGGUGCCAGUCCAUGUUCCGGCCCCGUACCCGGUGGAGAAGAAGGUCCCUUAUCCGGUCCAUGUGCCGUACGAUCGUCCCGUCCCGGUCAAGGUGUACGUGCCCGCUCCUUACCCGGUCGAGAAGAAGGUCCAUGUGCCCGUGAAGGUCCAUGUUCCGGCCCCGUACCCAGUGGAGAAGAAGAUCCACGUGCCAGUGAAGGUUCCGGUCCAUGUUGAGAAGCCGUACCCGGUCGAAAAGGUUGUCCACUACCCGGUCCAUGUCCCAGUCGAUCGUCCAGUUCCGGUCCACAUCGAGAAGCCAGUCCCAGUCCCGGUGGAGAAGCCCGUGCCGUAUGAGGUCAUCAAGAAGGUCCCGUACCCAGUGCAUGUCCCGUACGAUCGUCCAGUUCCGGUUCAUGUCGAGAAGCCCGUGCCAGUCCCGGUGAAGGUUCCGGUUCCGCAGCCCUACCCCGUGUACAAGCACAUCCCGUAUCCGGUCGAGAAGCACGUCCCGUACCCGGUGAAGGUCCCGGUCGAGCGCCCCGUCCCGUACACCGUGGAGAAGCACAUCCCGUAUGAGGUCGAGAAGCCGGUGCCGUACCCGGUCAAGGUUCCGGUCCACGUGCCAGUCCACCACCAUCACGAAGAGUACCACCACGACGCCGAGGAAGACCUGCACCACUAUCACCACUAGAGAUUAGACGUGUAGCAUUGUGAUAACCAUAGGAAUACCCUUCCCCCGUUUCUUCCUCGACAUCCUCUUCUCAACGACGCCCCAGUAACCUUCUCGCCUCAGUCCUUCCACCUGUGUGGCCCAGGCCACGAUCAUCUCACACAAUACUCACCAAAAUCGCCCACUCGAGAGGUCGCCGUUGGGGCUUCGAGAAUCGAUUUCAGUUCGAUUGAUAAGUUUAAUGUAAGCGAAAAUCAUCGUAAUCAGACCCAUACAGUCACACACAGCAUCGCACACACACCGGCACAUGCCUCAGAAAGACAGCCUUAAACAGGCCCUGAAGUGAUAAGCGGCGGGUGAAAGCGGAUCAUAAAUUUCAUAUCAUGGAUUCGGCGGGGAAACCGACGGUGACGACUCCCAACCCAUCCCGAAGGGUUUCCCGAAGGGAAACUGUUCCGGCGGGAGAGUUUCGUCGGGUCUCGCCGGUCUUGCCAAGUGCCUUUUACCUUCGCCGGAGCCCGCCCGAGCGUCGUUAGGAUCACAGCUCCAGCUCCGGUUGAGCGAAGAUGGAUGUGGUGCGGUGUGAACUAUGGUAACAGCGAUACUUUACUAAUACGAAACCGGAGAAGACGGUGGCCGUUCCGGGGGCGAGAAACGUCGAAAACUGAAAUAAAAUUAUUGUU